AUAAAAAUAUUCAAAGACAUCCUCUAUGACCUUCCUUUGAACCACAGCCAAAUUUGUACUAUAUUAUUUUUUAAUUCAAAUGAAUAUUCAUCCAUUUCUCAAUCUUUUUGGUCGUUUUGUUUCCCCUUCAAUUCAAUGGGUAUAUAAAUGAGCCAAGCCCCCAAAUAUCUACAUUCUAACUUUAGACUCACCACAACCACAAUUAGUUGUUUCACUAUAAAAGGAAAAAAACCAUAUAUAGAAUUAGAAAGUGCCAAGUGAUAAAAAGAAUUUAUUGAGUAUUGUGUCCAAAAAUGGAUUUUGAUUCUCUUCUCUUCCAAAACCAAAAUCAAAACCUUAUGUACUUCCCUAAUAAUUUCUCUUGGGAACUAGAAGAAGAUUUUGUUAACUUCUUUAGUGAUGUCAACAACUACUCAAACUCUUCUGGAUCAUUAUCAUCAACGGAAUCAAACUCUUCUGGAUCCGUACUAAGCAAUGAACCACUAGAAGUUUCAUCAAAUACCACUUAUAAACAAGUGAUCAAAGAGACACAAACAUCAUCACCACCUCCACCGCCGCCGAUUAAGGAAAGUAAGAAAAGAGCAUUUAGAGGAGUAAGAACUAGGCCAUGGGGAAAAUUUGCCGCGGAGAUAAGAGAUUCAACAAGAAAAGGUGUUAGAGUGUGGAUUGGAACAUUCGACACGGCCGAAGCAGCUGCUUUAGCUUAUGAUCAAGCAGCUUUUUCAACAAGAGGUUCAUUGGCAGUGUUGAAUUUUCCUGAAGAAGUAGUGAGAGAAUCACUUAAAGAAAUGGCUAGUAAUUCUAAGCCUUUGGAUGAAGGCACUUCACCUGUAUUGGCACUCAAAAGAAAACAUAGCAUGAGAAAAAAGUCCAAUAAGGUAAGUACAAAGAGAAUCAAAAGUGAAUAUCAUAGUGAUCAAAUUCAGAUUGAGACCAAUAUUAAUUCUCAAAAUUUGUUUGUUUUUGAGGAUUUGGGUGCUGAAUAUCUGGACCAACUAUUGAGCUUAACUUAUUAGCUUUUUUAUUUUAUAUUUUGCCUAGUUUUCUAGCUUUUGGAAUUUUUCAUCAAUUUUGAAUUCUUAAUUCAUGAUUACAGGAUAAAUGUUCUAUAAGAAUAUUCCUCAUCUUCCUUCAUCGUCAUCAUCAUUACCUCAUUCUUGAAUUUUUUUAUUUUGCACUGUUGUUCUGUAAAGGAAAGAAAAACUUUACAAAGUAUGAAAUUAUAUAUAUGUUUUAGGAAAAAUAUGAUGUAUUGCACACGAUAAUGAAAUUUAUUUCUUGUUCAAGGA